AUGCUGGGAGAACUGAGCCGCUCGUAUUUUGCCUGUACAGGCUCAGAAGCAACGGAGGCUGCGCUUCGACUCGCGACGAUCAAUACUGGACGCACCGAGAUUGUGGGGUUAAUGCGCGGCUACCAUGGAAUGAUGCAUGGGAGUUUGUCGGUUACGGGUCUAAGUGGCAAAUUCAAAAGCGUCCCAGGUAGCGGCCUCCCGGACGUUGCCUACAUCCUAUCACCAUACGCUUAUCGCAGCCCGUUCAAGGACGAUGAGGACAAGAUGGCAAGCUUCCGACAGGGGCUGCAGAUCAUCAACUGA